AUGGUGCACAGAUGUUUUGUUGGAAACUGUCCCAAUAAAAAAGUAACUGGAAGUGGUAUUCAUUUCUUUUCAUUUCCAAAAGACGAUGAUCUAAAAAAAUUAUGGUUAAAAUCUAUAAAAUUUAAGUAUGGUGUACAAACACAACAUAGUCGUGUCUGUAGUUACCAUUUCACUAAAAAUGAUUUCAAAACUAUUGUGGGAGGUCGAAAUCACAUUUUAUUAAAAAACGACGCUGUUCCUACAAUUUUUAUUGCUAAAAGAACAACAGAAAAAAUUAAUGAUGGCAUAAGAAUUGCAUCAAAUGAAAACCCUACGUCCUCACAUGCUAUAGAUACUAAUAUACAACUAGUUGAUUCAGCAAUGUUAUUGGAAGAAAAUUCUAUAGAUGUGCAGCAUGAAGACGCCCAUAUAGUGGAAAAGUCUGAAGUCGCAACCUGUAAGCGACCGAAAAGAAAACUUACUUAUGGCUUAGUUGAAACUGAAAAUAAUAUUAGCCCUUCUCGGUCAUCUUACACGCUGCCAAAAAGAGGAAGACCUACAAACAAAAGUCCAGCUACACCUCGUAAAACAUUAAUUAAGAGCAAAGUUAAAAUCCUGCAACAAAAAGUAAGAAGACUAAAAACUAAAAUAAAAACUCUUAACGAUGUAUUGGAAGAAUUAAAAAAAAAAGGGUUGAUCGAAAAUGAUCCAUGUGAUCUUAUAGAAAAUGAAUUUGAAGGCAUUCAAUUCGAAAUUUUGAAAAAUGAAUUGACUAAUAAGAAAAGAAAGCCUACCGGAUGUAGAUAUAGCGAUGAAAUAAAAAAAUUUGCUCUUACACUUCAUUACUAUUCGCCUAAGGCAUAUAAAUUUUGUCGGUUAGUACCUACUAAUAUCUAA